CUGUAGCUUAGGAAAAUCGAGUUACGGGACAAGUAAGCAACGAGGCACAACAUUAAUCCCUAUCCAGCACCACUACUUAUGAGCCAUGACCAUACACUCUUGCCCUUCCGCAGAAGCUUGCACUUUAGUUCGGCUUAUUUAAUUACACGCUAAUUGCGUGACACUCUGUACUUAUCAUGUGAAGAUUUUCCUCUGUGGCUUCAUCUUGAGCGCUUUGAUGGCAUAAGCACACUUUACGGGCGCUCCGUUCAACCAAGUGUUCACUAUGACGAUUAAAAAUUAAAAAUUGAUAUGUCAUUGUGACAAUUCGAUUUCGCGUGAUCGAACAAAUAUUGAUCAGGGAGAUUUUUUAUGCCCCACCUUGCCCCAACCCUCCAUCCUUUUCCCCAACAAGACCCCAGCUCCUACUCACAGACAAGGCGACCCGUUCGACUAUGAGUGAAAAAACCUCUUUGCAAAAGCAUGUUGGCUAUUUCGAUCCCGAUGGCGACGAUAUCGUCUGGCCUGCAGACACUUUUCGCGGAGUUCGCACGCUAGAUUCAACAUCUCUCUUCGUCGGCACUAAUGAUGUGACUGAGAUGUUUAUUUUCCAUUUCUGCUGGCACUUCUACCCCGUUCUAUCCCUUCACUCCACUCGGAGCAGAAUUUAUAUCAAGAAUAUCAAGUGGGAUGUUCACGGGACUGAUUCGAGGGCGUUCGAUCCAUAUGGGAAUUUCGUCAAUGAGAACUUUGAAAAAAUCUUCAACGAGCAUUCCACUGCACCUGAAAAGGACUCGCUUACGCUUUGGGACACGGUCGUCAUGAUUUGGAAUCUCCACAGUGCAAAUGAUUUCUUUGGACCCAUAGCGAGUUUGGCAAGUUUCCUCAUUGCGUAUUACCUCCUCGCCGGUCCAGAUGGAAAGGUUAAGAAAGCGCAUCUCAAGACGGUAUACGAUGGUUCCGGUUUCCAUUCUAUUGCUAGGCAGGUAGCGCUUGGAAGGAAACGCGGACAGUUAGAUCCAACGCUUAAAUUCUGAAGAAGAGAAACAUGGUAAACAAAUUCUAGCCAACCCAUGACCUUGGCUAUCGGAGAGUUAGGGCCUUACACCCCCUAGUUGCUGGUUACGGAUAUGGAGAGGGAGAAAGGUUUGCUCAACUGAAUGUAUGUGUAUAUGUAGUU